UUGUGGAGCAAGAUUUCUUGCGCGCCCGCUGCAUGGCGGACGAUGGGGAGGGGUUGCGAUCCAGGCGGCUGCCCGUGCGGCGCCUCAAGGCGACGAUCGUCCAGAAGGUGGAGAUGAACCGGGUCACGAUCAUCCUCGCCGAGACUGGCUCAGGAAAGAGCUCGCAAGUCCCGCAAAUGCUGCUCGAGGAAGGGUUCGCCCCCAUUCUGUGCACGCAGCCGAGAAGGCUUGCCGUGGUCGCCGUGUCCAAAAUGGUGGCCGAGGAGCGAGGCUGCGAGCUUGGACAAGAAGUUGGAUUUCACAUUGGUCAGAUGAAUAGGACAAGUUCCAGCUCCAAAAUCGUCUUCCAGACUGCCGGUGUUCUUCUAGAGGAGAUCAAAUCGAAAUGCGUGGCUGCUCUUUCUCACUACAAGGUGGUCAUACUGGAUGAAAUCCACGAGAGGUCUGUGGAGUCAGAUAUGGUUCUUUGUUGCGUCAAGAUCUUGCUCUUUCGGAACAAGAACACACGUCUGGUGCUCAUGUCUGCCACCGCUGACUUUAAACGCUAUGAAAACUAUUUUGCCGAGCUUGGCGAAACAGUUGAGAAGCUGGCUGUCUCGAACUUGGCCUCGAAGAUCCAGCAACAUCUGUUCCAGUGCAGCGUGAAGUAUCUCGACCAGGUCGUACAACAACUUGGAAACAAGGAAGAGCACUUGUCUGUAAUGAACUCGUUGGAGCAAAACCCCUCUCCCUGUAAGACCGGGACUGAUAUUGGGAUGGAGAUACAGCACCUGAUUUUCGAUCUUAUCGCUCACAUCCACAAAGAUGAGCCUGAUCGCAAGAAGGGAAUUCUGGUCUUCCUGCCAACUUAUCGUGCCUUGGAAGAGCAGUGGUCUCCCCUCACGCAACGGGCACUGGAUGUGGAGAUAUUUGUGCUCCACAGUAGCAUUGACAUCGACCAAUCUUUGGAAGCAAUGGAGGCGUACCAUUCAGUGAGGAAGGUGAUUCUUGCGACUGAUGUCGCCGAGUCUUCAAUUACAAUCCCGGGAGCAUCGUUCGUCAUCGACUCAUGCCGCUGCCUAGAAGUGUUUUGGAACUCGAAAAUGAAGAGAGACGCUCCCCGGAUUGUCUGGGAGUCGAACUCACAGGCUGAACAACGUAAGGGACGCACAGGGCGUACCUGCGAUGGGACUGUCUUUCGCAUGGUGCCGCGAACAAUGUACGCGACAUUCAACAAGUUUGAGGUUCCCGCAAUGCAGCUCUUGUCUUUACGAAAGCAAGUACUGUCACUGUUUUGUGCUGAAGCACGAGCUUUGAAUGAUGCGUUGGCAUUCUUCGAUAAAUGCCUGAAUCCACCACAUCCAGACACUGUUUAUGAUGCUUUGGAGUCACUUGAAGCACUGAACGCUCUACAGCCCGAUGCUAGAGGGAAGAAGUUGCCGACUCCAUACGGACGAAUACUUGCGUCUCUUCCACUAUCUUUGGAGGCUUCUAUGCUUGUCAUGGAGGGCUGCGAACGCGGGUACCUGAAUGAGUGUGCUGUCAUAGCUUCUGUGCUAGACACUACGCCGAGUCCGAUUAUCCUACCUUUCGGAGCACACUAUUCUUUUCAGUACUUCCAGGAAUCACAAAAUGGUGUCAGGCAAUCUCGUCAAGCUGCUCUUCUUGGCAACCUCUGCGCGUUUGAAUUCUGGCAGUGCGUCUUGAAGGACAACUAUCGAUGGCAAAAGCUAUCGCACGAAUUUUUAUCCUCAACGAUCGUCACCGUUCAUGGAGAGGAGUCGGAGAAGGAAUUCUGCAAACAGCAUCACCUUUCUUUGUUUUCACUCAACGCUGUCGCUGAGCUCUCUAGUUGCGUGCUAGAAGUUAUGCAUCGGUGGAGACCACAGUCAAUAAAGCUUCUAACAGGACCUCCAUCUUAUUAUACGGCUUUCUCCUUCCAGCACCUCUGCUUUCAUAGCCAAGACGACGAGUCGUGCCUGGGACUUCCGUAUGUUUCAAAUGGGAGCUUCCACAACGAGAAUAACCAGUCAGAUUUGCUGAAGAUCAUUGUGGAGACUCAAGCAAGAUACUUAGAACCGCAGAGUAAUUACGAGUCAAUCCAUUUUCCUAAAGAAGAGGACGGGAAAGUGCAGUGCGUGUACUUCCGUAGAGGCUCUUGCGCUAAAGGAAACGGCUGUGAGUUCUCACACUCCGUCUCUUCCACGCCAGUAUGCAAGUUUUUCUUGUCCGGGGAUGGAUGUCGCUAUGGUGCUCAUUGUCGAUAUAAGCACGACUCGGAUGUUCCACGCUGGGACAAUCGUCUUGAGCUUGACGAAGACGUAGCUCAGUUUCCUACGGUGCUGUGUUCUUCCACUCGAAACUUGGAGGGCACCAUGCUAGUUUUUGGAAGGCAGGCACUGUCUUAUAUCCAUCAGCUGCAAGAUCUUGCUACUGCAUCCAUCGCGGUAGCUUGCAACGAAGGUUCUCAGCUAGUAGCAGAGAAGUAUGAUUCAUCUCUCUCUACCGUGAUCCUGGACUUGCCUUCGAGAAUCCAGAUCCUUUGGGGGCUCAACGCAUCGUCUUUGGUUACUUCCUCCGCGGAAGAAGCGAGAGAGCUCCCAGACUGGACGAAAGUCAAGUGCAUCGUCUUGAACUUUCCACUCAGGAGCAUCAGCGAUCCAGAUCAACACAAGGCGUUCUUCCAGGAGAUUUUCCACUUCUUGGCAGUGACGCACCGCAAGCUCAACUUACUCCACAGUGGACUUGUGCUGCUUCUCACUAUGACCAACAUCGAAUUUUGCCAGUGCCAGGUAGAACGAGCUGGUCGAGAGAAUUUCCUCUUCCUCCAGUCCUCCACGGCAGUGGAUCCAGCGUUUUUCAAGGGGAGCUCUAUCCGACCGCCAGUAAAGCUCGUCACUUACAUCUUCAAGCUCGUGUUUCCCCGGAGGUUUCUUUGAUGAGGUUAUCUUCGUUUUGUUCCCGCCCGGAAUUUUAUCUGCACCGUCGGAUCUAUUUCAAAUUUUUGCCUGUCCUAGAACAGGAGCGACCUGGGAAUCCAUCAAGAAUGCCGAGGUCUACUCUCCAAAUCCGAUACUCAUCGUCCGUGGCGACCAAACAGGCAAGCAGCAGUGGCAAAAUCCCCUCGGCAU